UGAAAACGGCGAUCAAUGCAGGUCGCUCCAUCGGCGAUGAAGAUAUUUGUCGCCUGUUUUGUAACCUGGGUGUUGACAAACCAUGGAAUCAUACUCGCGAGCGGUCUCGACGCGCAGGAUCAGAGAAACGAUGACCAACUAAAGGAUGUGAGACACGAUGGGAUACGGCACGGUAAUCACGGAGAGACAGUCUCGACGCUCGAUACAGAAUCGUUCUCCUCUUCGUCCGUGCAAAUAUCGUCGAAACAUGCGGCGUCAUCAUCGUCGGCCACUGUGAAGAAUGAGGAACUCGAUAUCGAGAAAGAGAAAGCGUCGUCAAAAUCGGAAGAGCGAUUCGCCAGCGACGUUUCGAUCGUGGACGAGUUACUCUCUAAGGAGAAAUCUAUCGCCGAAACUGAGAGCGGCGCGGGGUCGGUUUCCGACGAGUGGAAGAAAGUCGUUGAGGAAUCUGCCGAGCAGGAGGAAAUCGCCAAGACGUACGUGAAGAAGAGAGGGCCGACCAAGACAUGGAGCUGGAGCAGCGUGAGCAACGAGUCGAGGAGUUCCUUCAGCGAGGAACUCGAGUUUCUCAGGAAGGAGAAGACGAGGUCGGAGACUAGGAUCAAGGCGGAACUGGAGGCACGAGCAAAGGCGGAGAAUGAGGCGGCAGAGGCUCGAAGGUUGUUGAAGCUGCAAUUGACGGCGCUUCAUGAGGCGCAGGCCAAGGUUCAGGCAGAGGCGAAAGCUCGAGCGAAAGCGGAAGCUCUGGUAAAAUCGGAGUUCGAGGCUGUGGCUGCCGCUCGAGCAGUGGCGAAGGCUAGCUCCGAGGAGGCAGCGCAGGCUAAGCUAAAGGCGAGGCUGGAGCAACAGGCUCGUUCCAUGCUGCAGGCCAAGGUCAUCUCCAUCUUGGAUGCUCAUUCCACCGUCAAAGAAGAAAUCGUGAUCACGGAGGAACUGAAGAAAAAGGCGAGAGCCUCGGCGGAAGCUUCGAUGGCCAGGAGCGCGGCUACAAAGGAAGCUGUCAAGUCGAUCAGAAUCGCGGCGAUAUCACGAGCAAACGCCGCUAUGAAGGCGUUGGCCGCUCAGAGGGCCACCGUUGUUCAGGCGGCUUCCGCUGCCAACGCUAAAGCGGCAGCCAGUGCACUAAGCGCCGCGGUCGAGCAGGCUGUGAUCUCUUCGAGAACUGCGGCGAUUUUGCAAGCGGAAGCACUUGCCAUAAUUAACAGGACUGUACAGGCAGCCCUUGCCGAAGGGGCCGCCAUCGACUAUGCGAAAUAUAGAACCGAGAUACACAAGAACGCGAUUGCAAGGGCGAAAGCUUCCGCGGAAGCGGCUGCUAGCGCGGCCGCCGCUGCGGCUGCCGCUUCUAAUAAAUUGAUAAGCUCGCAGACGAACGCUCUGGGUGUUGCCACCAAGUUGGCUGCCUCUCAGGCAACCGUGGAAGCCCUAGCGGAAACCGCUCUGGUGGAAAUUAACGCUGCAGCCAAGGAGGAAACAGCCACCCUGGCGGAACUAAAUGCUGAAGUUUCUGGUCUUGAAGCCGCGGCCGCGGCCCAUGCCAGUCCGCUUCAAGGUGUAAGGAACGGAGUCGUCCUCGGAUUGGAUUCCUCUGGCAGCAAGCUCAACGAGCAACAGGCGGCAGCAUUGCGGAGAACGGUGGAAGAUGGGAGGAACGAAGGGAAAGCAAAGGGCAGGGAGUCGACACCUUCGGAACACCAAGCCACGCUGCUGAAACAAUAUUUUCAAACCUCGACGGGUUUUGCUAUUUUCACAACUGUCGGCCGUGGUAUAAAUCCGUCGGUGGUCGGACAUUCGGUAUCAAUUCGCGAAGCGUCGUCGAACAUGAAGAUUCUAGCACUGCUCGUAACGUGCCUGUACCUUUUGGGGCUCGCUUCGGCCGGCUCGAGUUCCUCCCUGCUGGAGCUUGCGAGGAGUAGAGCAUCGGCCACCGCGUCUACCGCUGUCACCGCCAGAUCCGGGCUGCGUGCUGGCCAGGUGGCUGUUGCCUCGCAGAAAGAUGCCGCGCUUCAGGCAGAGUCUGCGGCGGCGGCCGCUGCCGAGGCACGCGCCUCCGCCGAUCAAACGGCCAGCUUGACCGAGGAGUCGGCGACUGCGCAAUCGGAGGCAGCAGCGAAAGCGAAAGCAUCGGAGGAAGCGGCAGCGGGAGCAGCCAACGCCGGACUGGAGGCGAAAUCGGUCGCUGAAUCGGCCAGUUCUGCAGCUAGAGAGGCUGCCGCAUCUGUGAAGGCGUCCGCUUCCGCAGUAGCGUCUGCCGCUGUACAGGCGAGACUCGCCGAGAAGACAGCAAAAGCUCAAGCCGCAGCCUCGGCUGAAGCGAGGGCCAAGGCUGAAGCCGCUGCUGAGGCGACGGCGGCAGCCAGCGUAGCCGCCGAGGCAGCCCUGAAGGCCGAGAGACGAGCGGGAGAAGCGAUCGCUAGGGCAGCCGCGGCCAAAGCAGCGGCCAGGGCUGCCGCAGCUGCGUUAGCCAGCUCGAAGGAAGCCGCCGCGAACAGCGCGAGAAGCGCCUCCCAAGCUGCGGCCAGGAACGAGGUCGCUGUGCUGAUCGCCGAGUUGGACAAGAAGAGCAGGGAAAUCGACGCCUCCCUAUCGGCCAGCGCACGCGCCGCCGCCCAAGCUAGCUCGAGAAACUCCGAGACGGCUGUCGUCGGGGCUGACAUCGACUCUGCCCAGGGGAUCAUUGUGAGUCCGAGUCCGAAACCGACUCCGCCGCCAUUGCCGAGCCCGAAACCGACUCCGCUGCCAUUGCCGAGUCCGAAACCGACUCCGCUACCAUUGCCGAGUCCGAAACCUGCACGGGGAUCGUCUGAGUCGAGCAUAGAGAUCAGCGCAGAAGCAAGCGCGGAGGAAAGCAGUCGCGUGUCGAUAAAAGAAAAAGAGAAAGGAUCAUCAUCAAAUUAAGAUGACGGGAUACAAUUCUCAGGGAACGAAUCUCGUUCGAAAAUAAAUGUUUGGUUGUUGAUGUAUUCGUUGUUUCUGGAGGAAAUGUUCAUGCCUAAUAGUUAGACGGAGAAUUGUAACGAUGAAAAAUAAAUUUAGUAUACACGUAAAA